AUGGCACAUCUCACAAGCCUUCUCUGCAUCUUGUGCCUGGUCGGGUCCGUCAUCGGCCAGGACAUGCCUUACGAGGAAUACAUGGCCCAGAUCCAAGCCUGCCCUAAAGAGUGUCACUGCCCCCGAAACUUUCCGCGUGCUGUCUACUGUGACAACAAAGGCCUGAAGACCAUUCCCCAAAUCCCUACACACACAUGGUAUCUCUACUUGCAGAACAAUUUAAUAGAAGUGCUGUCAGCUGAUGCCCUGCGUAACGCUACACAACUGCGCUGGCUCACCCUAAACCGCAACAAAAUCACAAGUGAAGGAGUGGAAGACGGUGUCCUGAAUGCAAUGUCUCACCUGGCGCACCUGUACAUGGAUGACAACCUCUUGUCUUCAGUGCCAUCGCCCUUGCCAGCCAGUCUGGAGCAUCUACGUCUCUCUCGCAACCGCAUCUCCAAAAUCCCCGCCGGUGUCUUCAUUGGUCUGGAUAAGCUGAGCCUCCUGGACCUCCAGGGCAACAAGUUGAUGGAUGACGCUGUGACGGAGGUGAGCCUGAAGGGUCUAACCAACCUGGUACAGAUCAACCUGGCCAAGAACCAGCUGACGAGCAUGCCUCUUGGCCUACCACCCACCACCACUCAGCUUUUUCUUGAUGGCAACAACAUUGAGAAGAUCCCAGCCGGCUACUUUAAAGGAUUGCCCAAAGUGGCAUUCCUGAGGCUCAACCACAAUAAACUUGAGAGCAGUGGAGUUCCCAAUGAUGUGUUUAAUGUCUCCAGCAUUUUGGAUUUGCAGCUGUCCCACAACCAGCUGACUGAGGUGCCCGUCAUAUCCUCAGGCCUUGAACACCUUCUCCUCGACCACAACAAGAUCAAAAGUGUAAGCGGCUCCAAUAUCUGCCCUGUCUCCAUUGACACUGUUGACGACUCUAUCAAUGAAAGUGUUCCUCGAUUGCGCUACCUCCGGCUGGAUGGCAACGAGAUUAAACCACCAAUUUCGAGGGAUGUCAUCCUCUGCUUCCGUCUCCUGACGUCCAUUGUCAUCUAAGAAAAUGAAACUCAGUGACAUGUC